UUGUCUGGACUUGAAACAGAACGGUGUGUAACUCUCAGUGUGAUCAGACGUAUUAACUUGGAGCUCUAUUUUCAAUGAUAGCUUCAAAGAUGCUCGCCGUGGUACAGCUCAAGGAAAAUAUCAACAUUACAAACAACAAAACCAUGGAUGUAUCGAGAGUAAGGCGGUGUUUAUUCGGAAAACCCGAAAAGGACAGCCUUAAGGCUGAGGUGUCAAAUUUGUAUGCCAGAGAUUGUGCGGAGGCUAAAUCUCGUUGGAACUAUGACAUAGUGAAUGAUGUUCCAGAGGAUGGACCGUUGGUUUGGGAACCAGCAUCAGAUUGUCCGGAAUUCUACAAAAGAGGAUAUACAUCAAAAUUCCGACGAGUGUUACCACGUUUACCGUGUGCCCGCUUCCCCUGUAGGGGCUACAGUGAUGAUAGUGACGAUGAAUGUAUACAAGGACUAUCCACACAUAGUGCUACUAGCGACGAGGACAGUGUUUUAUCUAGUCAGGAAAAGUGCAAUAACUCCGAGGAUUGUAAAAAUAAUUCUACACCAAACCCAGAGAAACUUAAACAAACGCACAUGGAUGCAUUUCUGAGGAAACGAAAAAGAGCUGUUACCCAAUCUGCAUCAAGCACCACAUCAAGCAAAACAAGAAGGCUGGAAUAAAGAGAAACCUUUAGCAUAUACAGAUUUUGCAAACAGAAGUGCUUUGUUGCUGGAGAUAUGUUCCAGCCAGUCAGUCAAGGAGAGGACAGAGGCGGUAUGGAGGGCAGCCAGACAAUAAUGGACAGAAGAUUAUUUAUUGUCCGUCUGGACACAGGACAAAGUCUUCCAUUACCCAGAAAAAGCACUGGACACAUUGUGACCAAACUUGCCAAUAGUGAAUUUGGACCCAGUGUAAAUUCAAGGACCACCAGAAGUAUUGACUCCUAGCGCGGCAGGAUCCGUGCGCAUGAUUUCACCAAUAUUCUUGGCCAAAAUUUGAACUUUCAUACGUCUUGCCGUAGUGGUUUUGAAAAAUAAAAUGACCCCGCCAUAUGAAACAAAAAGUAAUUCAUAAUUUUGCUUUUCAUUCAUGAAAAUAUGAUUAUUGCAUUAUUUCUUGUUAUGUUAGAAAAUUCAAUAUUUUUCAUCCUUGAUUUGUCUACCCUGUACCUUGUUCUCUGCGUGCCCAGUAGAUGUCGCCACCGGAGACCCUAUAUAUAUGAAGAUGGAUUAUGUCAAAACAAAACAAAAAUUGAUGUUACUAAAUAUGGUGUAAAUGUUUUAAAUAUUGAUAGUUGGAUAGCCGAACUAUUACUAACUAAUUUUUAUCCACGAGUGAAAACUACAAAACAUACCAUCGGAUGGUAUACAUUUUUUCUCAAUAAACUUUAAAUCAUUCCAAAAACUACCCCAUCUGGUAUUUACAACUGAAAAAACCGGGCACAGAUGCCAAAGGCGAAAAAUAUGUAUACAUCUUUGGGAGAAAUAUUUUUUAUUUAUAUCUUUGUGGAGCGAAAAAUGUUUUUUAUCUUGUGUUAUUGUGUGUCCCAUAAUACACUGCCCUCAUUUUCCAAGUUUGUGACGAAAAGUUUAAACCCUUGUGCAAUUCUAUAUAUUGUGUAACUGCAGCUGCUGGCUAACCUCGACCAGGUUUAGCCGGCAAUGCUGUGGCCGAUCUCAUUUGCAUAUUAUCAUUUUAUUUAUUGUUUGCCUUAAAUUAUGUUCUAACUUAAAAUUAAGUAAAAUGUAUAUAAUAUAUGUAUUACAUGAAAUAUUUGUGAAAGCAAAUAAGAAGACCUAUAUUUAUGACGUUCAGUCUGACUUGUGUUGUCAGAAUAAAAUUAUUUAAUUAAAAUGUAAAUAUUUUACACAUUAAAAAAACAAUACAAACAAAUGUUGGCUGAACUUGAAAAACAGUUGGUAUGAAAUGUGGAAACGGUUACUAUUUCUAGACAUUUUGAUUUUAAACGCAAUAAAAAGUAAUAAAUUUUUAAUUUAUUUAUAACAAAUAAUUUCUUGCCUUCAUCCUCUCUCUUGUUUUCCUUUUUUGUGCAUUUUCAAAAUUUUUGAGAUUUUUCUUUUCAAUUUUUUACAUCCUUUUGCUGUUGUUGGACAAUUUUCCAGGAAAUCAAACGGAUAUCCUUUAGUUUAUUAUAAAUCGGUGGUAAGUGACUUAUAUGUUAUUCUGCUUAAUCAUGGAAUGUUUUCAAAAAACUAUUUUCAACUUAAGUACCCAGACUUCCAUGUCAUUUACCAUCUUUACUGAUCCAGAUGAAUCCCGAUUUUAAAACGAUCUCAUUUUUAUGUUGAGUCACAAUCAUCUUUGGUGAAAACCAAACCUGGAAUUAAUUUUGAUUAAUUUGUCAUUAUUGAAGUUUUAGUUGUGUAGUUUCAGAAUCAGGAAUGUGUUCAAAUUGGAAAGGUUUAGUCAGGAUAUGAAAGAUGAGAAUGAUGCUCGACUGAGUUGAGUAAGCAAGUUUACAAGAUUUGUUCUGCAUGUUUGAAUGAAAUGGUGAAUGUGUACCGGAAUGUAUGUGUUUUUGUAUGGAGAACAAGAGGAAUGUAAAUGAAAGUGUGUAAAUCAACUUUUAGAAGUUAAAACAGUGCAAAGACUCAAAACGCUCAUCAACUUGUUUCCAUUUAUCAUGGUUCAUCAAGUGCAACUUUGUUGUGUUGUCAAAAAACUAUUUCUUGUUGACACUGAAAUAGAAAAAAAUAAUGUAAAACAAAAAGAAGAAAGAAAAACCCAAUAAAAUUGAAGGUUUACACUGA